AUGAAUAAACUUUUUGCUGUGCAAAAUAGUGGCGUAUUUGUUCUUCGCAUCGAAGACACAGACCCGAACCGAUGUGUAAAAGAGGCUUUCGAUGAUAUUCUGAACUCUCUCCAGUGGGCUGGUAUUAGUGCAGACGAAGGACCACUAAAUACUGGAAAACACGGUCCCUAUAUUCAAUCAGAAAGAAGGACCAUGUAUACCGCGGUAGCUGAAAGUUUGGUCAGAAAUGGCUUGGCCUACCCAUGUUUUUGCUCACACGAUCGAUUGGAAUUGCUCCGCAAUGAGCAGCGGCGUCGGGGUGAGACUCCUCGAUACGACAAUCGUUGCCGGAACCUACCGCAUGCUACUGCUCUUAGUCGCAUGAAUAGCAGUGAACCUCAUACUAUUCGUUUCAAGAUAAUCCUCAAGUCUGAUGGAAUGCCCGUUUAUCACCUGGCCAAUGUUGUGGAUGACCAUUUUAUGGAAAUCACGCACGUGAUCCGCGGAGUGUUUAGUCUGACCCGAAUCAGACGACAGAAUGUGACGAUUUCGCCAGACCUGCUGCGUAUCUGUAAUCGGGUACAUUUCGACCUAAUGGCCGAACAAGCGAUGACAGAGCUGACGAACCCCGGGAAUUCAGAUUACAAAACUCCUGAACUGGUUUCUCGUGUACGUGGUUAUCUUGAAAGCAACCUCCCCGGAUCCCAUUUCACUUGCAGACACGAUGUGGACGCUGAUCGUGCACUUGCCGAGAAACUUUUGGUGCUUAAAGGACGGAUCACAUGUUUUUCUGACCUCAUAAGCGCUGAAUCUGGACUGCGCUUCCUCUGGCUAAAACCUGAACCGGGAUCCUGUGCAUCGAAAAUCCUUAGUCUGAUCGAAGGUUCAUCAAUUAGGCUAGAUGACGUGGUGCUUCUGUUCAACGAAUGCAUUGGCGCCUUAUCUCUACCGCCCUCCGAUGACCUUACCAAGUAUGUCAGAUCAAUAUGCCGUCGGCUUCGGAUUAGCCAACAUAUUGCUAUGCGAAUAUUACGCCUUGGACUUACGGAACAUGAAGUCGGACCUCCGGUCGGGGAGAUUUUCCGGUUACUCUCUUCCCAUGAGGUGAUCAGCCAACUCCGUGCAACUAUCGAUGAAAUUGAUCGGAUCACGAGGACGCCGCUCUGUAAUAAAUUUGACUCCUAA